GUUAGGCAGACGUGUGUUCGUAUAAGCAAAUUAGUAUUAAACUUUGAAUAGUGCACGUUCACCAAAUAUAAGGAUGAAUAAUCAAUGCCGAGCUUGUGGGUCUGCCGUGUAUAACACCAAAGGCAGGAACCUGUUCCAGAAGCAGAACGCCAAACUGUUGUUGAUUAUCAAUUUGGUGACUAACAACUCGCUGAAAAAAGAUCCGCGCCUACCCAGCUGCAUAUGUGCUUCUUGUGCAGAAUAUUUGAAUCGCGCAGACAUAUUCCGAGUACGCUUACUCGAGACUCAGGAGAACUUGCUGCAACAACGCGCGGGACUGCCAGAAAACGAUCUGCCAACAGACGACAAAAAUCCUGGCGAAACAUCCAAUUCAGAGGUGAAAGCGCAGGAUGCCGACUCCCUGAUUAGUAGUCUGGCAAAUGAGCUAGGGGGGGAAACUGGUUUCGACGGAACUGACGCCUAUGAGACGGCGCAGGUUGCUGAUUUGCUGAUUACGAGUCUGCAAAAGGACUCGGGACACGAAAAGAAGAAGAGCAGUCUUACCGAAAAUAUCAUCAAGGCUCCAAAACAAUUGGCCGAGAACUCCACCUUCAGAUCCACUCGAUCCACUAGUCCAACCUCCAGAUCUACUCGAUCCACUCGUCUAACCUCCAGAUCCACUCGAUCCACUCGUCCAACCUCCAGAUCCACUCGAUCUACUAGUCCAACCUCCAGAUCUACUCGAUCCACUCGUCUAACCUCCAGAUCCACUCGAUCCACUCGUCUAACCUCCAGAUCCACUCGAUCCACUAGUCCAACCUACAGAUCUACUAGAUCCACUCGUCUAACCUCGAAAAAUGCCGCUCAACUUGACAAACGCCAUCCUUUGCCCAAGAAAAUACUCGAGCGACGAAGCUGCACAAUGAAUAAGCUCAAAUGCAAAUUUUGCGAGCAAACCUUUGUAAGCCCCUUUGCGCUCAGUUGCCACAUGCGAUCGCACACGGCGGAGACAUCAUGCAAGUGUUCAUACUGUGACCGAGCGUUUUCAACUAAAGGAAACACCAUCCGUCAUGAGAGAACCCAUACAAGGCAAGCGGCGUUUCCCUGCCCAACUUGUGACAUGUCCUUCGGCCUUGCUUCUGUGAUGAAGAGACAUAUUAAUCUUUACCACACUCAAAUUAGCAUGUCAUUUUAACUCCAAAGAAUCGAUUGAUCCAUUCGCGAAGUAAGCUUCUGAUACCAUUACUUAUAACAUUGAUGAAGCAUUUCUUAGUUCAGUAUAAAAUGGAAUUGAUUUAUUUAAAAAAUUCGUACUUUUCAAACCCUGAAUAAUUUUAAUGAUCUUUUGUUCAGUAUUAAAGUCACUGAAGAACUAAAGUCUAUAAAUAUCACCAUACAAUACAACGAAAUAUAUGUCAAAACUGAAGAACCAAUAAAUACCUUACUUCUUAUA